UCGGCCUUUGCCUACCACCUCGAGGAGCUGCUGCGGCUGGAGAGCCGCGGGGUCCCCGGCGAGGAGGGGGACGGGCCGCCGCCCCCGCCGCGCCUCAGCCUCUUCGAGCAGAAGCUGCGGGGCCUGGGCGUGCUGCGGGAGCUGGCCCAGUGGGCCGUGAGGUCCGUGCGGGACCUGCGGCAGCUCACCAAGCCCAGCCCGGCCUCCGGCGCAGCCCCCAGCCUGGCCGAGAGCCCCUGAAGGCGAGCACAGGGCGGGGGGUCUUGGGUGCUGCUGGGGCUCCUUGCCCACCCUCUCAGAGGGCAGCUGACAGCGAAGGAGGGGACGCGGAAGGGAGGGACCAUGUCAUUAAUCCCUGUGCUUUUAGUGCUGCUCCCCGUGGGGAAACUGAGGCACAUGCUGCAGUCCACCCUGCAGGGAGCGGGGAUCCUCAGGGGUCCUUGGGCUCUUCCUGCUGGGCGGUUGAAUUCUCCCCCAGGAAGCAGCUUUGCCGCUCCCCCAGCGGCACUGCCCUUGUCUUUGGAAUUUGGACGCUGCCUAGGGCAGGCAGAUGCUGCCUAUGGGGCUCUCGUGGAUGCAGGGCAGGAGAGAAGCGACAGAAAAGCAUCACCUGAUGAAAGGAGUCUUGGGACCUGCAAGGCACAAGGCUCAGACUCCUGCACAUGGACUCUUUCCUUCUGCCCAGCUUGGUUUUGCUGCUCAUUGAAUUUCUGCUCUAACUGCUUGGGGGCUUUUUGGGGAGGGGGGGAAGCAAUCAGGAGGGGAAUUCUUAACUACUUGGACAUGAUAAUGGAGAGAUCUUUUAACUGAAAGGGGAUCUUUUAGCUAUGAUUCAGAAGCCCCUCUGCAAGGAGGUUAGUGCCUGCAGGGCUUAUUUUAGGACUGGGAAUGGCAUGGGAGAAUCUAACAGCCCCAGCCACAUCGUUCACCUUGUGGAGUGCUGAGAUGUUUCACAGCUUCCUGGGCCAUGGUUCUCCUGACGACUGGAUGUGAUGGCUGCUGGCUGCUGAGUGAAUAAAAGGCUGGGAGAUUUC